CCGUCAGCUCUCGAGUAACUUCAGCUAAUUACAUAUUCGCGCUGGGAACAUGCCUGAGGUGACAGCUGUAACAGUGGUGACUCCAACAAAGACUCCUAAAAAGAGAUCGAAGCCCAAGAAGACAGGCCCCACUGUAUCUGACCGUAUCCUGAAGGUUGUGUCCUCGUCAAAGGACCGCAGCGGUCUCUCCUUCCCCGCUCUGAAAAAGAGUCUGUUAGCCGACGGCUAUGAUGUUGUGAAGAACAACGCGCGAAUAAAACUCGCAGUCCGUCGUUUAGUGAUCAAGGGUGAUCUUCUGCAGCCGAAGGGCACUGGAGCAUCUGGCUCUUUCAAAAUUAACAAAAACAAAACGCGCGCUAAAAAAAGGAACCCAAUCAAGAAGAAGGACGGGGCCAAAAGGGUCAAGGGACCAUCACCGAAGAAAACAGCCGGCUCCAAGAAAUCUCCAAAUAAAAUGAAGAGAAAGGCCAAGAAUACCAAAAAGGCAGCAGUGCCACUGACAACCGCAGCAGUGAAAAAGACUCCCGCAACAGCGAAAAAAAACAAGAGCCAACGCAAGACCAAGCGCAGAGUCUCCAAACCUACACGCACAGAAGCUGCACCUAAGAAAUAGUGGCCUAUAUGUUAUUUCAGUAUUUUCAUCAUUUUUGCUGGAAGACCCUGAUACUGAGUUUCCAUGCAAAGCUAGGGUGCAUUUUUGCGUUUGUACGUUAUCUUCCAUUGAAUUCGUUUGCUUGCAGUUUUUGGUCACUAUUAACGAUCUACCGUUUGGUUUUCGCGUAUGUGGAUAUGGGAGAGGCUCCUGUAUGUACUGACAUUGUUUUAAAAUAAAAUAAAUGUAUUUAAUUCUACUAGGAAAUAUGGAAUUAUUUAAUUUAUUCAGUAGAGGCAUACCAUUAGAGUAGUUAUAUAGUCCACUGCUUUUCAUCCUCUAUAUAAAUAGCCUAACAUAAAUCAUAACGUAUCGAAAGGAAAAUUUCAUUUUUAUGCAGAUGAUACUGUACUGUAUUGCUCAGCACCUACAGUAGUCCAGGCCCUCUCCCAAUUACAAUUUGAUUUGAAUAUGCUUCAAAAGAACAUUUAUUAUCUAAAACUUGUUUUAAAUGCUGAAAAAACAAAAGUCAUGCUUUUUUCAAAUUCAAAAUCCAAAUUAAAUCUGCCUUCGAUCAUCAAUUCUCAGGUUUACAUGCACUGGACACUGUAUACCAUGGAGCUCUGAGGUUCAUCACCGGUCUUAAAGUUCUCACUCACCACUGUGAACUGUAAGAACGUGUUGGAUGGUCUUCUCUAUCAACACGGAGACUUCAACACUGGUAUGUUUUUAUAUAUAAGGCUAUUUCAGGUCUUCUUCCAUCCUACCUUCAGACCUACAUCAGUGCAAAUAACAUUGGGACUUACAAUCUUCGUUCCCAGGAUCUUUUCCUCCUCUCUGUACCAAAUGUUAGAACUGAGCUGGAACAAGUUACAGAAACAUUUGAAACUUAAUAAGCUUGUCCCAUUGGUUGCUUUUAAGAGGAUAUUAAUUGACUUGGAAGAAAAUCUGGCUGUAGUUGUUCUGCAUGAUAUUUUAAGGAUUUGUGGUUGAUGGAUUUGCUAAUUUAGUUGUUUUAUGUUCUUGUGUAUUCUGUGUUGUAUGUAUGGUUGUACUGCUGCCUGUCUUAGCCAGGACACUCCUGAAAAAUAGAUUUUUAAUCUCAACGAGUAUUUUCCUGGUUAAAUAAAGGUAAA